AUGCUUAAGUCUACAAUCAGAAAACUAGCAAUGAGUACCGCUGCCAACAGUUUGAAGAUCGUGCCCAACCGAGCAUUGACGCAGAAUCUCAGCAAAGACGUAUGGUCGUUGACGAACGAGGCCGCCGCAGUGGCGGCGCAAAACAGCCGCAACAAAAAUCGCGAGCUGAUCAACCUGGGUCAGGGCUUCUUUUCGUACUCUCCGCCAGAUUUCGCGAUUCAGGAAGCCCAAAAAGCGCUCGAUUCGCCAAUGGUCAACCAGUACGCUCCCACCAAGGGCCGUGUGUCGCUGCUGCAGUCGCUGAAGCAGCUUUACUCGCCCUUGUACGGCACAGAACUCAAAGCUGAAAAUGUCCAGGUCACCACGGGUGCCAACGAGGGUAUUUUGUCGUGUCUGGUCGGACUGCUCAACCCAGGCGACGAGGUGAUCGUGUUCGAGCCCUUCUUCGACCAGUACAUCUCGAACAUUCAAAUCCCUGGUGGUAAAGUCACAUAUGUGCCACUACAUCCGCCCAAGGAAAUGGCACAACGGCCAACACUGGGCACAGAAUGGCGUGUUGACUACGACGAGCUGCGUCGCGCCGUCACGCCCAAAACUAAGGCUUUGAUCUUGAACACACCCCAUAAUCCGGUCGGAAAAGUCUUCACGCGCGAAGAGCUUCUCCAAAUCGGCCAGAUUUGCGUAGAAAACAACAUCAUUAUCAUCUCCGAUGAGGUUUACGAGCAUCUGUAUUUCACGCCUGAGUUUACUCGUAUCGCGACGUUAACGCCUGAGCUGGGCCAACUCACACUGUCGGUGGGCUCUGCAGGUAAGAGUUUCGCCGCCACGGGCUGGAGAGUUGGCUGGGUCGUGUCUUUGAACCCAGAUCUGUUGAAAUUCGUGGCUAUGGCUCACACUAGGAUCUGCUUCUCUACUCCUUCGCCCGCACAAGAAGCGUGCGCCAAUUCGCUACAAGUCGCGCUCGAAAAUAACUACUUCGAGACCAUGCGUCAGGAAUACAUUCGCAAAUUCGAGAUCUUCACCAAAGUCUUCGACGAGCUGGGUUUGCCCUACACCAAGCCCGAAGGAACCUAUUUUGUGCUUGCAGACUUCUCGAAGGUCAAGAUUCCAGAGGACUACCCAUUCCCAGAAGAGCUAAAAUCCAAGGGCAAAGAUUUCAGAAUUUCGUACUGGCUGGUCAAUGAGCUGGGCGUCGUGGCCAUCCCACCGACUGAGUUCUACAUCCCAGAGCAUGAGAAGGUUGCCGAGAAUUUGUUAAGAUUCGCAGUUUGCAAGACUGACGAAUAUCUCGAAAAGGCUGUCGACAGACUAAGACUGUUGAAGAACUACAUGUAA